UUCCAGAAGGGCAGCGCUGAGGGAAAGAACAACACGUAAAGAACUAAAGAAGGAGGAGUUUCGCUUUAAACUACAUUCAGACAAAAUGAAAAUCACUUUCACAGGUUUGGCCAGUUUUGUGGCCACCUUUGGUGUCCUUAGCUUUGUGGGUCUCGUUCUGGCAAUUGGAACUGAUUUUUGGUACAUCAUUGACACUUCUAAGAGAGAAAACAGCUCAUCUGUGUCUCUGAGCUCACAUUCUGGACUGUGGAGGACUUGUAACUUUCAUAACCAGUGCUGGCCAUUUAUGAAUCCUUUUGGAACAGGAAGAAACUUAUCAGAAUCGCAAAGGCAGAUACUAAACAUGCAAGGAACGUUCAUCGUCCUGCUGCCUCUCAGUGUGAUCGUGCUGUUUAUCGGAGGAAUGCUGGGCUUCAUCAGUAUGUUGGCACGAGCCUACCUGCUGCUCCUCCUGACCGGAGUGCUGCUUCUGUUCGGUGCUGUGCUCUCAGUGGCUGGAAUUUGUGUCUACAUGGCUUACUCUGCAGCUGCCUUCAAAGAGGCUGUGGACAUCUCUGGCCACAAAACCCUGGAGGACAUCGAGAUUUACUAUGGCUGGUCUCUGAUUCUAGCCUCUGUUUCUUUUGUUGGAGAACUCUGUACCGCCGUGGCGUUCCUGCUUACCUCAGCCAGAGUCAGCCAGCUGACCAAUCAGGAAGAACACGAAUACUGACCUGCUCUGAAUCAGGACAGUUCUAAGCACAGGAGAGGAUUACACCACAUGAAGGCACUGAAAGUAUCAUACAAACACUGAAAAUUAAAUCGAUGUUUACAUAUUUAUAUUUUAAAAGGAUAAUGAGCGUUUCAGUACAUUUCAGUGUUCGAUUUUUAGUAAGCUCAAGGGUCAGUCUUUGAGGUUCCUCAGCUAACUGCAGGGGGUUCGUGGAAUUUAUUAUAGAAAUACCAGUGCUAAACUAAAUUAAUUAAAAUGUAUAAUAAUAAUAAUAAUAAUAAUAAUUAUUAUAAUAGGUAACACUUUAGUAUAGGAAC